CCGCGGGGCUGCUGGGGGCGGCGGCGGCCGCCGCGGCGAAGCUGGCGCUGGGGUCGGGCGGGGAGGAGGCGGCCGGAGGCUGGCUGCCGGUGCUGCUUCGCGUGGGCUCCGUUGGGUUGGUGUUUGCGUGCAAUGCCGUCAUGUGGACGGUCUUCACAAAAGCCCUGCGGCUCUCCUCCUCCUCGGCUGCUGCCUCCGUGACCACAACAGCCUCCAAUUUCAUCUCUUCGGCCAUCCUGGGCAAGCUUCUCUUCGGGGAGACAUGGACGCUUCUGUGGUGGGUUGGCCUCUCCGUGACGCUCUGCGGCCUUGCACUACUGCACACAGCUGCCCCUCAGUCGGCGUGGCUCCCAACAGAGAAGAAAGAAGCAUGAUGGCUGCUGGAGGGAACAUGGUGCCAUGCCACCCCUCACCCCGAGCUGGCCUGCCUCUGGCCAUGGACCUGCUGACCCCUGCUCACCUGCUGAUCUGUGAACUUGCAGAGUCACCCUGGUUGCAUCUUUCCUGGCAGGCUGGCAGUGGUGUGGUGGCAGUGGUGGCAGCCUUGAAGGGAGCUGGUCCCCUCUGAGUCAGUUGUGGAGAUCAGGGCCAGAGGCUUAUCAGCCACGCCUCCUCUUCACACUCUGCAGCUGCAGAGCUUUCACAGUUCAGGGAAGGCUGAAAGUAAACAUGAUGGCUGGGGAAGGUGCCUGUGCAUCUGUACUUUUCCAUAAGAGGAUCUGUACCAAAAUAGAAAAGCAAUCAGAAGUAAACACUGAAGGCAGCUGAUACGUCUGCUCUGCUGUUCCUGACUUUCCUCUCUGCCUAUUAAAAUGGCCCCAUGCCUGCCCUAGGCUUCUGCUGCCUGCAAGGCUGUGGAACCUUUCAUUAAUUCUUCAGCUUCCUCUAUCAGCCACAUGCACCUUUUAACUUGCUAUUUGUAUCUGAGGCUUGUAGUUUCCGCAUACCUAUUCCUGACAUGUUACUCAGUGUAAGGUUGCUACUCUUUCCUUUAAACUCUAAACCAGGAGGGGUUCUUGAUCAUCAUUCCUGUUUUAUUUAGGUCAAACUGUAAUUUUGGGAGAAAACAACUCUCACUGAGAGUGUACAUGUUCAGCACACCCCCCGCUCCCCACUUGAGUUGGCAAUUGCAUUAACAACUGGUAAAAUGGAGUUUCUCAAGCAACUGUUGCUGAUUCCCAUUUGUUCAGUGUGAGCAGCCAGAUCACUGGUACCCACACAUGUGCUAAACUGUUACUCGGUGAUUACUCUGUGGUCAGGAUGAGAUGCCUGUCGGCACAAUCAGUGUGUCAGGAAUCACUGUUUCUAAGGUAUCAUCUUCUUCCCCAUGCCCACACAUCACCUGGAAAUUUUUUAGUUGCAAUCCUGACUGAGAAACAUAAUGAUGCCUCUAAAUGUAUGUGUCAUGCUGGUGAUAUCACUUGUUUGCGCUGGGGCUUGCCAGGUUGUCUCUGUCUUGUAACCACAGAAAGUGAGUCAUGGCUGGUCCUUGUGCAGAAAGCCUAAGGACACAAUUCUGUGAGCCUCUGUAUCAAGACCUGUUAGGUUUGUCAUGACUGGCAGAUCUGCACUGCAUCCAGCAGAAGUGUAAAAAUAGACUUAGGUGAAAAUGACACAAGACUUGGGUUUGUUCCUUUUCCUUCCUUGUGUCAGAAAGACAAAAAGUCAUUGUCCGCAGAAGAGGCCAAGAGCUGUUUGUUCCAAGUCACCUGCUUCAGGGGAGUAUCCUAGCUCAUCACAUCUGGCAACCAUGUCCCGAGAGAGGCAAAGCCUUUGCCUCUGCCCUUAGUGUUCUCAUAGGUCUUCCCCUCCAAAAAGAGGAGCUGCAUACAUGGUGGGGAAGAGGGCAGAGCACUCCGAGUGCCUUUCCUGCUUACCAGCAUGGGUCUUUGCACCUGGGCAGCUCUUUGGGUAGCAGCAGAGAUAGAGUGGGACACAUCUGGCCACCUGGGAAGCAGGAACUUAACGUGGUGACCCAGCAUUCCUCAUAGGUCUGCGGAGACAACAACCAGGAAUUACGCAUUUCUAUGUACAUCAAAUUUCCGUAGACCUUCAUACAUGAUGGAGAAAUAAUGAAGGCUGCAAGCCUGAGUUGUUUGUCCUUGUUACUAACUCCCAGCCAGCUAUAAGCCUUGGCUGCCUUUGUGCAGUCAACAUGAGAAGAGCUCUCUCCUCUGGUUAAUUUGGCUGUUGUCCCUCCUCCUAACAAACCUUUUGCAAUGUUUUUAACAUGGACUAUCUCAAAAUUGACCUUUAUUGCAGCCGUUGUUAGAGGUCAAGGUCUAGGAGAUAUUUGCACAGGUGCAGGAAGUGUGGGCAGCAUUUUACUUGGUGAUUCUCACUUUUAGGGUGGAAGAGCAUAAACCAGGGCUGUAAAUUUCGUUGUUGUAAAUCCUUGAAGGUGGGAACAGGAAUGAGUUUUCCUCCAGUUCCUGUGGGAGGAAAAGAUUGCUGAGCAGGAGUUUUUGGCAGAAUCCCUCUCCUCUAGGUACAUAGGGUUUGGCCUAGGUCUGCCAGUGUUGCUUGUCAGCAUGCGGCCAGGGCUACAGGGAACACUGUGAUCACUGUAUGUCUGGAGGUGAUCUCAGAAAGUGGUGUUGGUGUUUCCAAAUUAAAAUACUCCAAAGCUCGGUGGCUGAAAUUUAAUAUUUACAGAUAUUUUAGACCACACACACACACACAAAAGUGAUGUGAGGCUAAUGAGAGAGCUGUGUUUGAAGAAUUAAUGUUUCAAAUGUGGUAGACCUUGUAAGGUGGCUGAAGAUCAUGGACAACCAUAAGACCUUGGUUUAAAGGGCAGAAGGUGGGUUAUCCAUGUGCUGAAACUACAGUAGUGUCCCUGCAUGCAUUGCACUUGAACAGAGAAAAGUCUCGAGCACACACUUCUCCUCAAAUUCCAGCAAAAUACACUUUUAUUUGCACAUCUCCCAGGCACUGCCUGUAAUGAGUCUUUCCUGCACCUUCCCCUCAUUUUCAGAAACAACCCUAAUUUUUCAGCAUCUUGUUAAUGAAAUUUUCCUUAAGCAGGGCUAAACCAUAUGUACUGGUUUUGGCUGAGGUAGUUUUCUUCAUAGUAGCCAGUAUGGGGCUGUGCUUUGGAUUGGUGCUGGAAAGAGAGUGGAUAAUGCAGAGAUGGUUUCCUUACUGCUGAGCAGUGCCUGCACAGUCAAGGCCUUUUCUGCUCCUCGCACCACCCCACCAGCAAGAAGGCCGGGAGUGCACAAGGAGUUGGUACAACUCACAGCUGGGACAGCUGACCCCAAAUCACCAAAGGAAUAUUCCACACCAUAUGAUGUGAUGCUCAGCAAUAUGAAGCUGGGGGAAGAAGAAGGAAGGGGGGACACUGGGUGGGAUGGUGAUUGUUUUACCGAGGAACAGUUACACAUGAUGGACCCCGGCUUUCCUGGGGAUGGCUGAACACCUCUGCCUGCCAAUGGGAAGCAGUGAAUUAAUUCCUUGUUUUCUUUGCUUGUGUGCACAGUUUUUACUUUGUCUAUUAAACUGGCUUGAUGUGA